AUGAGUCAUAAAUGGGAGUCAAAAUAUAAUGAGAAGGGUAUUUCAAAUGAUUUGAAAGACUCGGAGAAAUAUAUGGACUGGGAUGAUCAUGGUAAAAGGUCUGAGGAAGAUAAUGCUUUAUAUUUUCUUCAGAAAGAUUAUAGAAAUAGUAUGUUGGGGGAGAUCAAUAUGUCAAAAAAAGAUUUAUAUUCAUUACAUCAAGUACCAGAAAAUAGAAUUGAUCCUAUAAAAACAACAUCGGGAUUAACUUGCAAUGAACCCUGCAUUUCCUCGAAUAUACUUUUACGCUGCUCUAUAUCUAAAUUUCACUGUAAUAAGUCAUGUUAUAGUUCUUUAUUUGGAAACUUUAUUAAAAAUAAUUUUUUAAAGCAAUGUCCUGAAUGUGCGGCUAAUGAAUAUACAAAAGAUGAUCAAAAUAUGGAAAAAGAUCCAGAAAAAUCACCAACUUAUAGAUUUUAUAGUCAAGCAAAAUCUGCACAUUAUUCUACAUUCAAUUCAAAUGAAAAAGAAGCGAAUUCCAACAUAUUAGAAGAUUGUUUUCUUAAUGACAAAUUAUAUCCAUCAAUGAAUAAUUCUACAAAAGAUAUUCCAGAUUUUAUAUAUCAUUCUAAAGAUAUGAAUUCAGAUGCAUAUUUGAAAAAGACAUCUCAAGACACUUUUAGCAAUUGUUCUUCAAAAAAUAUGUUACAUUGUGAUAAUCCAAUUCUUAAUCAAGAUAAUAUAGUUAAAUGUGAUAUUAAAAAUAUAAUUAAUGAGGAACAGUUAGAUGAUGAAUUGCUUCACAAAAAUUGCUUUAAUGAUAUGGAUAUUGAUCCUAUAGAUCUAGAUGAUGAUGAAAAUAGUUGUAUAGAUGUUGAAGACUGUGGUUAUGAAUUACAAGUAGGAAAACAAGAAAAAAUCUAUUUUCCUAUAUCUAAAAAGAGAGGAAGGCCAAAAAGAAAGCCCAUUGCUAAAACAUCUUCUAAAAGUAAAUCAUCGAAGCUUAAAGGAAUAGCGAAUAAUGUUAAAGUUUCUCCUAUCUUGAAACCAUUACGUAAGAAACGACUCUUGAAAAAACAUGAAUACAUAAGUUCAUCUAGUUCUCCUGAGGAAUGUACAAAAAAUAAUAAGGAAUCUUCAGAUCCUUCAAUUUUAAAGAAAAAAACUGCGAAUUUUAUUGAACCUUCUCAGACAUUGGCUUUACAUAAUAAAUCCAAAAGUUUCUCACGUAAGAGGAAACGUUAUCAAGACACAGAUGAACAUUCUAUAAAUGAUCUAACCCAAUCGCAAGAAUUUCCUCAUUUAUUUGGAUCUGCUCCAAGAUUACCUGCAGAAAUUAAAGAUGGACAAAGACUAGGAAAGAAAUAUCGCAGAAAAUACAAUAUAUGUGAUUUAACAUAUGUACAUGUUCACCGUCAGAUUUCAACACCUAAAACGUUACUCCAUGAUGCAAAUGAAAAUAAAGAUGAUUUUUCAUUUGAUAUAUUAAAUUUGAUUCCUAGAGAAAUGGUUCCUGUUGUUACAAGUAAUAGUCAGCUUGGCUUUAGAGAAGCCAUUAUUGAUAAAAGAUUAAUGAGAUAUAAAAGAGGUGUACCAAUUUUUCGUGUAGGGCGUAGAAUUCCUGGAGAGUUAAGUUUAUUUUAA